AAGAUAUGAAAAUUGUCAAACAAGAAGAGCUAUAUAUUUAGCCAUUGAAUUAAUUAAUAUAGCACAUGAUUGCAACCAUUUUCCCAAAUUUCUCUCUCAAAAAAUGUCUAUAGUUUUCAGAUUCCUCAUCCUGGCAAACUUGUUGGCCUCUAUCCAAUCCACGUGCCUAAACAAAGGCAACUACACCACUAACAGCACGUACAUGGCAAAUCUCAACGCCGUCCUUUCCUCUCUCCUCACUGGCCUUAGCAGCAGCGGUUUCUACAACGCCUCCGUCGGGCAAUAUCCCGAUAGAGCCAACGCCGCCGUGCUCUGCGGUGCCGACGUCGAGCUCGACGAGUGCCGCAGAUGUCUCCGAGACAUCACCCCCAAGAUUCUAACAUCGUGCCCUAAUUAUAAGCAGGCCUUUGAGUGGGACGAAGGCUGCGUGUUGCGGUACUCGAACGAGACGAUGUUUGGAGUCCUGGCGAUGUACCCGGGCCUAUGGUGGUGGAAUCUGAACAACGCCACGAGUCCGGUUCGGUUCAAGGAAGAUCUGAGAACGCUUAUCGACGGUCUUCGGAUCAAGGCGGCGGCCGGCGACGGCACGAGGAAGGUUGCCGCUGGGAAUAUCACCGCUCCGGAUUUUCAGACCAUUUAUGCACUGGUUCAAUGCAGCCCGGAUUUGUCUCAGAAGGAUUGCAACAUUUGCUUAUUAACCGCUGAAGCGGAUAUACCAAGAUGUUGUGACAAUAGGGUAGGGGGUAGAGUGCUCUUGCAAAGCUGCUAUCUUCGUUAUGAGACUUAUCCAUUUUUUAAUGAAACUGUGCUUCAAAAACUAGAGCCUGUGACUCUACCCCCGCCCGCGCCCGCGCCCGUGAUCGUGCCGGUACCCGGGUCUCCGAUAUUGCGGUCACCACCGCCACCAUCAUCACCACCACCAUCAGGUCUCUUAAUUGCUUCCGAAGAUAAGAUUUAG